GAGCCAAGCAGCAAUUAGGUGGACCCCAGAUCGACAAAACGCAGCUUCCCUCAACCGAUUCCCCCCACUUCAUUCGAGGAAAAAAGGGGACUCGAGCAGCAGAAUUUCGGCGCAGCAUCUCGCCUCGCAAAAGACGGCGAGUGGAUAUCACGCGCCGUCGUCCUCCGUCGGCGAACGGUGAAUCAGCUGGAACACAGAGAGUCAAUCAUGGCUUCUUCCGAUCCCGAUGCACUCAUGCUUAAGGCUGACAAACAAACCAAAUUGAGCCUUACAAGGUGGAGUGCUGAUUGGAGGAGUGCAACUGAACUGUAUGAGCGGGCUGCUAUUGGGUAUAGACUUGCUAAAAAUUAUGAAAAAGCAAAGGAAGGAUUUGAAAAAGCUUCGAAAGGCCAGGAGAUGCUCUCUUCGCCCUGGGAUGCGGCCAAACACAUGGAGUCUGCCGCUUCUCUAGCUAAGGAAUUGAGAAAAUGGAAUGAGGUUGCAGACUUCUAUAGAAGAGCAUCCGAAUUGUACAGCGAGUGUGGGAGAUCACAGCCUGCAUCAGAUGCGCUGAUGAAAGGGGCUCGUGUUCUUGAAGAGGUUGUCCCAGAAGAGGCUAUCAAGCUGUACACAGAUGCUUGUGCUAUUCUCGAGGAAGAUGGCAAGGAACAGAUGGCAUUUGAUUUGUACCGUGCUGCCACAAGUGUUUAUAUUAAACUUGAUAAGUUUACGGAUGCUGCAGCAACUUUGUUAAGAUGGGGCCUUGCAGCAGACAAGUGCAAUGCCACCAACAGCCAGUGCAAGGCAUAUCUUAGCGCAAUCAUUGUCUACCUCUAUCUCCAUGACAUUAGGCAAGCGGAGAAGUGCUAUAAUGACUGUUCACAGGUCGAUGCAUUUUUGAGAAGUGACCAGAAUCGCUGUGCCACUAAGCUUCUCUCUGCCUAUGCUGAAGGUGAUGUAGAAGAAAUUAAGCGCAUAGCCCAGUCCAGCACCAUUACCCAUCUUGAUCAUGUGAUAAUCAGGCUUGCGAGGAAAUUACCUACAGGGGAGGUCACUGCCCUUGAGAACGACACCUCCAAGGAGCAGGAAGAGCCACUCGACGAAAAUGACCUGACUUAGGUUUUUCGUUUGCUUUUGAUGGUGGUGAUGGGUCAUCUGUUUUAUUUGCUUAACUCUGAUUGGAAAGGCAUUCUGCUGCCUUGUCUUAUAUGUACAGAGCGAAGAUUUGCUUUCUUCGCCGUUUCCUAGCGGCUAUGACUAUCGGCAGCUCUUUGGCCCAAGCAAUGUCGGAGUAUUUUCCUGUGAAUCCUUGAUUCUGAACUAUGAUGUUAUGUAAAGCCAUGUAAAUUUCAGGGGUUCUGCUGGUUUUUUUUUUUUUUAAGCAAUUCUUUAGACCGUGACCAUGAUAGAAAAAUUGGGUUGAACUAGGAAACUGUACAUCCAAUCACAUCAAUAGUUAAAAUGAAAUGAUCGCUGUACAACUUCUUGAACA